AUGAGUGGAAGAGAAGUAACAAGUCAAGCUAUCUGUGAAGGAAUGCAACUCUUGGGAAGUGGCAUGUACGAACAGGAGUGCGGUUUCAUUAAUCUGGGGAAGUUCACAAGUACGGGUGGUGGUCGAUAUGAAGGAGAGAUGAAGAGAAGUCCGGUUUUGGAGAUUUUGAGAAUUGUGACUUCUUCUCAGAUUUCCUUCUCAGAUGCAAUCUUAAAUUUGAUACUAAGGUGA